AUGGUGGAGGACAACAACCUUAUAGAAAUAACCAAGGGUACCAACAAAGAAGUAAUAACCAAGGUUAUCAACAAGGUUGGAGACAAGAUACCGGACCGUCGAAUUGUUAAAAUCCUUAUCAAGGAUGGCUACAAUCAACAACCUCAAGGGUUGAUUGAUUUGGAUUCUAGAAUUAACUUGAUUGUGUUGUCUCUUGUGAAAAGAUUGGGAAACAUUGAGUUAAAAGCAACAAGAAUGACUUUGCAAUUAGCCGACAAGUCCACAACUCAUCCUCAGGGGAUUGCGGAAGAUUUGUUGGUCAAGGUUGAUAAAUUCUUUUUCUCGGUUAACUUCGUUGUAAUUGAUAUGGACAAAGAUCGUGAUACACCAUUAAUUCUUGGAAGACCUUUCAUGAAAAUUGCUCGGACCAUGAUCGAUAUCGAUGAUGGUCUAAUGAAAGUAAAAGUUCAAGAUGAAGAGGUGUGUUUUAAUCUUUUUGAAGCAAUGAAGCAUUCCAAUGAUAAAAGUGAUUAUUUUAAAGUAUAUGCAACCGGUGAAGCCAUCAUGGAAGUAAAGAAGCAAAUCCAUGUGGCUACUCCUCUUGAGAGGGCUCUCACAAAUGCUCUCCAAAUCCUCAAUGAGGAUGAAGAGAAAGAGAUCGAGGAAUGUUUGAAAGAGUUGGAAGCGUUAGAAGAAAUUCCUCCUUCGAAAGAUGUGGUGGAAAAUUUGAAAAAACCAACUAUUGAGGAGGAAUGCAAGCAUGAAUUGAAAAUGCUUCCUUCACAUUUGAAAUAUGCAUUCCUUGAAAAGAAUGAAAUCAAACCAGUAAUAAUAAGCAAUGCCCUUUCUUAG